CGGACAACAAAUUCCGUGUCACAGUGAAACCCCAAUCAACUACAUGAAAGUACGUACAACUUCAUUAGAUCCAAGUACCACCAAUAACUAUUCAAAACCAACGAAUAAAAACUCGCCACGUAACCAUACUCCCCAUGCAGUUCACCCCACCAGAACACUCUCUCUCUUUCCUUUCUCUCCCACCAAUACUAGUUUUCGUUCGAUUCCAAAGAUCUGCAACACUCUCUUCUCCAUUCAUUUCUCACAUGUUGUUUUCUUCUCUUUUCUCACCAUGACAGAACCACCAUCACCACAAUCAACCGAACCACCAUUACCACCACCACCAUCACCACCAUCAACCACCGUUAUUCAUCCACGUCGUGAACCAUUUGAACACGGUUUAUUACCAAUUCCAAAACUCAUCUUCUCCGACCCCACACAAACCCUAAUUUCAUUCAAACAUAAGCUUAUUGAAUUAUCUUCUAAUAAUCGAGUUGACUCGGUUGCGGUUUCUGAGUCUCUUCAGAUCUCGGUUGAACAAGCGAAGCUUGUUCUUGAUACUAUCGCUUCGAUUUUACCUUAUGAGUCUGAAUCUGAUGAUACCGUUGAUGUUCAUGAUCUCGUUUUGUUUUUAUAUAUUCAAUCUUAUAAGAGGCUUCUUCCCAGAACGCAUAAGGAUUCCGCCGCUGUUGCUGAUGUUUGGCCUUCUACUUCCGCCUUUGAUGGUUACUUGUCCGCUCUCUCACCGCUUCAGCUAGUGAGGAGCAACAGUAAGCGGUUUACGCCAUCACAGGCUGAUGAAGAAUCACAUCAGUUGUCUUAUCUGCAAAAGCAUAUGGCUAACAUUGUGUCUCUUCUAGCAGAGCCUGUGGAAGGGGAAAGUGAAGAAUCUCUGGUUUUAACUAUGGAUAGAUUCGAGCACCUUGGUCUUCUUAUUCAAUAUGGUGAUAAAGGCUCUGAAGGAAAUUCUUUGAGUCAAUCUUCUCCAUUUUUUGCAAACUCGGAUCCUGACAUGCCUGCCGUUCCCGUACCCGCUUCUCAAGUUCAUGAUUGGCUUCUGGAGAACAUAGCUUCUGCUUUGGAGUAUAUUGCUGAACGGACAUCUUCCAAAGAAAAUGGCCCAGUUAGCGCCUCUGAUCAGGAUGUUGCUAUGACUGAUGCAUCCACUGUCUCAGUUAAGGUCUCAACAAGUGCUAGGGGUGCAAGUUUCAUUGAAGGGAUUUCUAAAUCAUCAUAUGCGAAGCAUGCAUCUGACAUUAAAGGUUCCUCCGUUAAGGUUCUAAAUUGCCACGAGUCUGCCAUUUACAUCCUAGCACCUUUGAGAUACGCCACCAUCUACGGAUGUUCAGAUGCGACAAUAUUUAUUGGAGCAGUUGGAAAGGCUGUGAGAGUAGAACACUGUGAACGAGUUCAUGUGAUUGUAGCAGCAAAACGAAUUUGUAUUGCUAACUGCCGUGAAUGUGUAUUCUUUUUGGGAGUGAACCAGCAACCCCUUAUUGUCGGUGAUAACCAUAAGUUGCAGGUGGCUCCCUUUAAUACCUUUUACUCCCAGUUGGAGGAACAUAUGAAUGAAGUUGGAGUUCUGCCCACAGUGAAUCGUUGGGAUGAACCUAUAGCAUUGGGAAUAGUUGAUCCCCAUGAUUCACUAUCUCAUCCAGCAGGUGUCUCCGAUGUUCAAACUGAGUCUGCUACUAGGGUGGACCCUGAUCAGUUCACUAAUUUUGUGAUUCCAAACUGGCUUGGAGGAGAGUCCACCGGUUCUACAAAAGACAACCCAUUCACAUUACCAGAGGCUUAUAUGGCAUCUCAGCAAAGAAAUGAAAAGAAUCUAGGGGAGAUAAGGCAACUGUUACGAGAAGCACCUUUAGAAGAAAGUCGUAAACGAGAAUUGUCGUCUGCACUUCAUGUGUAUUUUAAGGACUGGUUAUAUGCUUCUGGUAACAUUCGUCAGCUUUACUAUCUACAAGGAGAUUGAUAUUUGACUGACAGAAGCAUUUGGCACAGUUAAAGAUGGUACAGCACCAAUGUUUCUGAUUUCCUUUUUUGAAUCUCCUCUUCAUUUUCUCUUGCCAAUUCUGUUGGCUCCCUAGGUAUAUCCGAGAUCAGACGACAUAAAUUAGAAUGCCCACCUAUUUAUGCCGUGAGAUCACCGGUGCACAGAAUGGAAAUACAGUUGCUAAUCUGAUUGUAAUAUUUUUUUGUUUUUGUUUUGUGAAAAUAAUUACUGUAAUAUUUUGUUAGCCUAAAUUAAUGGCCGUUGUGAAAAAUAAUUCCAUAUUUAAUUAAUGGCCAAGCAUAUUGAAUGUCUUCCAACUU